GUCGAACUUCAUGUCCACCUGGAUGGAGCCAUUAGACCAGAAACAAUCUUGCACUUUGGCAGGAAAAGAGGAGUUCCUCUCCCCGGCAGCACUGUUGAUGACCUCCUGAAGCAUGUCAGCUACAAAACACCACUGACACUUACCCAAUUUCUAGAGAAGUUUAAUCACUACAUGCCUGCCAUUGCGGGUGACCGUGAGGCGGUGCGGAGGAUCGCCUACGAGCUCGUGGAAAUGAAAGCAAAAGAAGGUGUCAUCUACGUGGAGGUCCGGUACAGCCCUCACCUCCUGGCCAACUGCCGCGUGGAUCCCAUCCCCUGGGGCCAAACCGAGGGAGACCUCACUCCAGACGAAGUCGUUAACCUCGUAAAUCAGGGACUACAGGAUGGAGAAAGGGAUUUCCGCAUCAAAGCCAGGUCUAUUCUAUGCUGCAUGCGCCAUAUGCCAAGCUGGUCUCCGGAGGUGGUGGAGCUCUGCAAGAAGUAUCGAAACAACUCUGUGGUGGCCAUCGACCUGGCUGGGGAUGAGUCCCUGAAGGUGGAGAAUUCCUCCGAGCAUAAGAAGGCUUAUGAGGAAGCUGAAAGAUGCGGGAUUCAUCGUACUGUCCAUGCUGGGGAGGCCGGCCCGCCCGCCAGGUACGAGGAGCUCGGGGCAGGGGCAGUUUAUCUCCUGAAGGCUGAGCGCAUUGGCCACGGCUACCACGUCCUGGAGGACCCCGAGCUCUACAAGGAGCUGUUGAGAGCAAAGAUGCAUUUUGAGGUCUGCCCUUGGUCCAGUUAUCUUACUGGAGCAUGUCUUCCGGACUUCGGGAAACACCCCGUAGCACAAUUUAGGAAGGAUCGCGCUAACUAUUCUAUAAACACGGAUGACCCCCUCAUCUUUAACUCCAAUAUUGACAAGGAUUACAGCAUAGUGAAGGACUACAUGGGCUUCACUGAAGAGGAGUUCAAGAGAGUGAACAUCAACGCAGCUCAGUCCAGCUUCUUACCUGAGAAGGAAAAGCAGGAACUGCUGGACACGCUGUAUGAAGCCUAUGGGAUGGUCCCCAACGCAUCGUGA